AUGAACUCCCUCCAAGCAGUAUUCCUUGUUGCUUUGGGCCUCUCUGUUGCCCAGGCAACUAACCUCAACUACAGGGCCCUGUGGCAGUUCAGAAACAUGAUCCUCUGCACUAUGCCUGAUAGCUGGCCCAUCCUUGACUAUGCGGACUACGGCUGCUACUGUGGCAAGGGAGGCUCUGGUACCCCUGUGGACGAACUGGACAGGUGCUGUGAGGUCCAUGACCGGUGCUACUCUGAUGCCAUGCAGCAUGAUAAAUGUUGGCCCAUCAUUGACAACCCUUACACUGAAUCCUAUGCCUACGACUGUGACGAGAACCUCAGAAAGGUCACUUGCAAGAGCAACAAUGACGCCUGUGAGAUGUUCAUCUGCGAGUGUGACAGGAAGGCUGCGGACUGUUUCGCCAGGAGCCCCUGGAACCCUGAGCACGAGCACUUUCCCAGUAGCAGUUGCCAGUAAGGUUCACAGAGGAACCUUCUUUUUCUGUAUAGACUCAGAAUCACCACACAACAUUGUUCAGAUAGUUAUUUCAGUGCAAUGUAUGACUUGUUGAAUUGCUUUCCCCAUCUCAUAUUUUCAA